ACCCAAAAUUCUCUCUUUCUAGGGUUCAUACCGCACGCGAAGAGAGAGAACCAGAGGACGCCGACGAGACAAGCCCCCCGAACGCCGGCGCCGCCACUACCUCCGCCGGGGCGGCGAGGACGGAGAGAGAGCCUGCCUUUCGUUUCUUGAAAAUGAGAGGAUAAACCCUCAUCAGGGCAGAGCUCUUUCUGAUCUCAAUUCAGAGGGCUGCAACCUUGUUGUCGCCCAGUCCUACGUUGAUCAAAUUGUUUCUCCCUUUGUCGUCCAUUGGAUAAGCACACUUGUGAUUGCUGACUCUCGCUUCAGGGAUGGGGUUGAAGCUGUUUGAGGGCGGCGAUUCCGAUGGCGACGAUGUCUCGAAGAUUGAGAUCAACAAAGAAUACGCUCGCCGGUUCGAGCAUAACAAGAAACGUGAGGACCUCCAUCGGCUUCAGGAGCUCAAAAAGAAGGGCCUCGUAGGAGAUGACUCCUCGUCUUCCUCUGAAUCAGAUGACGAGUCCUCCUCCGAGUCUUCAUCGUCUUUGGAUGAUGAUGUUGAUGUGAGUAAGGCUAGUAAGAAGGACUUGGAGUUCUUUAAUGCGCUAAUUAAGGUGCGAAGCCAAGACCCGAGUCUUAAAGAGAAGAAUGUCGCUCUUUUCGAGUCUGAAGAUAGCGACGGUGAUGAAGAGAAGGAGUCGAAGGAGAGAAAACAUAAGCUUUACUUGAAAGAUGUGGUGGCCAAGCACCUGAUUGAGGAGGGACCUGAAUUUGAUGAUGAGCAGACAGAGGCUACUAAGAAGAAGAGCUACAGGGAGGAGCAAGAGGAGAUGAGAAGGGCUUUCAUGGAAGCUGCGGAGGCUGCAGAGGUUGAUGUCGACGAUGGUGAUCUUUUGACAGUGAAGAGGAGAGAUGAUGGUGAUCCAGUCGAAGGUGGUGAUGCUGCAGAGUUUCAGCAGAAGCUGGAUGAAUAUUUUGGCAGGAGCGAGAGUUUGGGUGAGAAUGAGAUGUUUCUGAAGGAGUUCUUUUUGAAUAAGAUGUGGGUUGACAAGGAUAACAAGAGCAAAGGACAUGUUAAUGAGGAGGAGUUGGAAGAGUUGUUGAAGGAUGAGGAGGAGAUUGAGAAGCAAGAGGAUUAUGAAACCAAUUUUAGGUACGAGGAGAAUGCAGGUGACAGGGUAUUGGGUCAUUCGAGGACCAUCGAGGGGUCAGUGAGGAAGAUUGAGAAGGCUAGGAAGAAGCAGAGAGAGAGCAAGGAGGAGAGGAUGAAGGUUGCUGAGAUGGAAAGGAAGGAGGAGUUGAAGCACUUGAAGAAUUUAAAAAAGGAGGAGAUGAAGCAGAAGCUUGAAAAGUUCAAGCAGAUUGCUGGGCUAGAUGAAGAUGAGGACUGCCCAUUGAAUGGAGUUGAUCUUGAUGAUGACUUCGAUCCCGAGGAAUAUGAUUGGAUGAUGAAGCAAGUUUUUAAUGAAAAGUAUUACAACGCAGAUGAUGUGGACCCUGACUUUGGCAGUGACGGAGAUGAAGAAGGUGGAGAAAUUGAAAAACCAGACUUCAAGAAGGAAGAUGAAUUGCUAGGACUACAGGUUGGCUGGGAUGAAGCAGAGUCGAAGGAUGGAUUCUUAGCAGCUAGAGAAAGAAGCUUAAGACACAAGUUAAAUGAUGGAGGUAAAGAUGACAGUGGUGAUGAUGAUUAUGAUGAUGAGAAGGAGGAAGAGGAGGAGGAGGAGGAGGAGGAAGAGAAGGAGGCAGAGGAAUCUGAUCACAUCCCCAAGGCACAGAAUGAAGAAACUAUAUCUUCUGAGGAUGGAAAAGGCAAAAGGAAACGGAAAUUAUCAUUGCUAAAGAGAGCUGAAGAGGCAAUGAUGGAGGAGUACUAUAAGUUAGAUUAUGAGGAUACAAUUGGAGAUUUGAAGACAAGGUUUAAGUAUGCUAAGACUAAACCGAACAGAUAUGGAUUGAGCACUCCAGAAAUUCUGAUGAUGGAUGAGAAAGAACUAAAUCAGUAUGUUUCCUUGAAGAAGCUAGCUCCUUAUAGGGAGAAGGAAUGGAGAGUACACAACAAUCAGAGGCACCAGCUUAAACUCAAGACAAAGGAGCUUCUUGAAGAAGGAAAACGGAGGUCUGAUAAGAAAAAGAGGCGUAAAGAUCAUUCUAAUGCAUCAACUGCUGAAAAGGGUAGCAUGGAAGAUGGAAAGUCACAAAAAGUUGAAUUACAUGAGGAUUCACGUAAAUUGUCUAAGAAUGCAAGGAGGAGGAAACGCCAAGCUGAGGUUAAGUUGUCAAAUUCGAGGCUCAUAGCUUAUGGAAAAAUAACCCCGAACUCUAAGGGUAAAACCAAGCACUAGAAUUCCGAUGUGACUAGCACUAAACCAUGGUGGGAGGACUCUGGUCUUAGAGCUUUCUAGUCAAUAUAUGGGUUUGAGACCCAUUUUGUGGUUCAGACAUAAGGAUGUUAUGUGUUGCAUCUUAAGGAAGAUGCUUAAAUUUUUGUGACGUAUCUGAAUUCUUUCAUCUUUUAGAGAAAUUUACUUAGAAGUUGGAUUUUGCUCAAGUGGAAAAGUUUUUUAGGGGUGACUGGCAUUAAAAUGAAUCUGUUGUAAUGUGAUCUCAAUGAUGAAUGGUCAUUGUGUUAUUUUAA